AUGGAAACUGAUGAAAAUCAAAAUCGGUCAAAUGUUAAAAAUACAAAUGAAUUAAUUAAUAACAAACAAAAUGAGUUAUUAUGUCCAGAUGCAACUUAUCCUUUAGCAUCAUCUGAUAUUAUAGAACCGAUCAAAAAAAUCAAUUUUAAUAAUAAAAAAAAAAAGGUUACAUAUAUUCCAAUUACAAAUAAUUAUGAAGAGUAUUCAAUAUUUGGUUUAAAAUUAAGUGAAACACAAAUUACAGCAAUGUCUGGUGCAUUAGCUGGAUUUGUUUCUGGAGUAAUUGUAUGUCCAUUAGAUGUAGCUAAAACUCGUUUGCAAGCCCAAGGUUUGCAAUCAAGGGGAGAAAAUAAAUAUUAUAGAGGUCUAUAUGGAACACUUUCUACUAUAGUAAGGGAUGAAGGCCCUAAAGGUUUAUAUAAAGGUUUGGUUCCAAUAUUAAUGGGUUAUUUACCUACUUGGAUGAUAUAUUUUUCAGUUUAUGAGUUUUGUAAAACUUCAUAUCCACAAAUAUUUCAUAAAUCAGAUUUUGUAUCGCAUUCAUGUUCAGCAAUUACAGCUGGCGCUAUAUCUACCAUUAUAACAAAUCCAAUAUGGGUGAUCAAAACGAGAUUAAUGCUACAAACUGAUAUCACUAAAAAUUCAACUCAUUAUAAGGGAACAUUUGACGCAUUCAAAAAAAUAUACACCCAAGAAGGUGUAAAGGCAUUAUAUUCAGGUCUGGUACCGUCUUUCAUAGGUUUGUUCCAUGUAGCUAUACAUUUUCCUGUAUUCGAAAAACUGAAGGUUAUGUUUAACUAUAAAACAAUUACCAAUACUGAUACAAACUUAGAUUUCAUAAAUGGCAAUAAUAAGAAUCAUCAAUUACACAGAAUUGAAUAUUCAAUUAAUUUGAAUAGACUUAUUUUGGCCUCAUGCAUAUCAAAAAUGAUUGCAUCUGUAAUUACAUAUCCCCAUGAAAUAUUAAGAACAAGAAUGCAAUUAAAAUCAGAUUUGCCUUCUUCGGUACAACAUAAGAUUAUACCGUUGAUAAAAAAAACUUAUGCGCAAGAAGGUUUUAAAGGAUUUUAUUCUGGUUUUUCUGCUAAUUUAAUUCGAACAGUACCGGCAUCUGCGAUUACUCUAGUAAGUUUCGAAUAUGUACGAAAUUUGUUAAGCAAUUUAGGAGAAGAGCCAAGGUGA